AUGUCAGAAUUGCUACCAAAGCGUCAGACAGCUCUUCGAUGGCGGUUCUGGCGCCGGCGGGCGUGGCGGGUGGCGACGCCGCGCCGUGUGGCGGUGGCGGGCGGGCGGGUGGCGGGCGCGACGGAGACCUCCACGAAGGGCAGGGAAUUCCACGCCUACUACGGCGUCCCCUUCGCCAGGCCGCCCCUGGGGGAGCUCAGGCUCAAGGACCCGGUGACGGCAGAGAGCUGGGAGGGCGUGCGAGACGGGUCCAAGAAGCCCUCCCCCUGCCUCCUCGUGCCCUUCGGCGCCACCGUCAUGGGCAUCACUCUGACCCCGGAGGAGCUGCAUGGCGAUGAGGACUGUCUCUACCUGAACGUCUUCAUGCCAAAGAGAGACGAGCCCGCCGAGAGACUUCCCGUAAUGGUUUGGAUCCACGGGGGAGGAUUCUUCGCUGGCGGCGCCCACGAGUACCUGCCUCACGUCCUCAUGAACCACGACAUUGUGCUGGUAGUUGUGCAGUACAGACUCGGCAUCCUGGGAUUCUUGUCCACGGAGGACGAGGUGAUGCCCGGCAACUUCGGCAUGAAGGACCAGGUCAUGGCCCUCCGCUGGGUGCAGGAGAACAUCCACAGCUUCGGGGGCGACGCCGACAGGGUCACCAUCUUCGGGGAGAGCGCGGGCGGCGCCUCCGUCCACCUGCACAUGCUGUCGCCCAUGUCCAAAGGCCUCUUUUCUGGCGUUAUCAUGCAGUCAGGGUCAGCACUAGCGCCGUGGGCUCACCGAGAAGAGUUCAGAUCCGUGGCGGAGGAAGUGAGCCGAUCUGUCGGGUGCGGAGAAGGCCUCGGCAGCCAGGGGAUCCUUGCUUGUCUCCAGCAGAAGGAUGGUCGCAAGUUGGCCGCCAGCUUCCAGGAUUUUUUGAAAUGGUUCAUCUUGCCUUUGGUCACUGCACCUCGCGUUGACGGCGAUUUCCUGCCUGACGAUCCCGCGCGUCUGAUGCGUGACGGGGAGGUCCAUCGCGUGAAUCUCAUGGCUGGAAUCACACGGGACGACGGAGCCAUCGUAACACAACCCUUGAUACUCCGCGAAGACCAGCUAGAUGUCUUGCGAGAGAACUUCUCCGUCGUCGGCCCCAUCAGUAUGAUGGAGCCGAUGGUGCCAGAUCCCAUUGAGUUUUGCACCAGGAUUUACCAGCACUAUCUUGGCGACUUGACUUUCGAUCUUGACCGCAUGGAAGAUCUCACACGGUUAUAUACGGACUACACUUUCGGGAUUCCACACGACCUGACGACCCUCUCCCACGCUCGGGUUCCCGGAGUCGCCACCUACCGCUACGAGCUCAAGCACCGAGCCGAGUUGUCCUUCGGAGAUUUCUGCGAGACAGACAAAGGGAGACACUGGAUUCCUCACGCUGACGACCUGUUCUACCUGUUCGCCGGCGGGCCGCUUCUCGCCCCCGACCACCUGGCCGGCCGCCCCUCGGACCUGCGGCGCCAAGACGACCUGCGCCUCAGGGACAUCAUCACGACCCUGUGGACCAACUUCGCUGCUACGGGCAACCCGACCCCCGACGACGCCCUGGGCUUCAAGUGGGAGGCGGCGACCGAGGACGACCUCCGCUACCUCGCCCUCACGCCCUCGCCCGCCAUGGAGGCUGACCAGCGACAGGAGGUGCGGGAUUUCCACGCUUCUCUGCCGACGAAAAUGAACCAAAUCCUCCAUCCCGACCGCGUCAUCUCAGGGAAGAAAUCCUCACAUCCUUCCCAGGAUGAGCUGUAGUCCUCCGCUUGCAAGGUUCAUUCAUUGCAAGCGCUGUUCGUGAUCGUAGUACAAAGUUGUGAUAUUUUUUCAGGGUAUGUUUCUACAAGCAAUGUCUAAUCAUUGAUGCUUAUAUGAAUAUUAGUUUGACAAUGGGUA